UUCCACACACCCUCAACGAAACAAAAUCCGACAAGCACGACCGGUAGCACCGGCAACUCUCCAUUGCUUUCGAAUCCUCAUCUGCCAAAGUCUCACUACAGCUGGCAACAUAAGCUAAUUGUCUUUGAGCACUUCCAGAACACAGGUGUGUAAGGCUGAGACGGUGAGGAGGGGCAUUCAUUACUACACACGACCUUGUCACUGCGACCGCCAGUGGCAUUCAGAUCCUACCUAGGCAUGCAUAGCGACUAUACCGAGCAAUAGAAACCUCUGCGAGAGACGAAAACUUCUUUGGGUACCACCGAUAUUCAGCCAUCGAUCAUCCAGACCCUGCUGGUCAUCGAAAGAGAGACUCGAGGCCAGCCUAGAAAGACAAAUCGAUAUGCGAGCUUUUCAUUGGAACAAUGCGACUAGAAGGGAAGACUUGGCCAAAGCCAUACGCUAUGAACUAGACGCCGCACUCAAAUGCCGCAAUAAAGAUAGCCACGAGUUCAUCUGUCUGGAUGAUAUCGAGAAGAUCUGGACCCUCCAAAGAAUACAGAGCCUUUCCAAAGGUCUGCCAUGGGACAAACCUGCCUUGCACGAAAGAGCAUUGGCAGACUAUAGACUAGUGCUAUCUGUAUUAGUAUGGAUUCACUGGGAUGGGUGGAGCGACUUUGGGAAGGUAUUUUUGGAGCACGUUGAUCGUAGACGUAUAUUUGAUCGAGAGGAUAGAUAUUUGCCCUUCGAUGCUACCACCGAGCUACUUACUCAACAAAACCAUAAUAACGAGUUUCUCAAACGACAAUAUAUCUUCAUACCCAUUGAACUAGCCGAAGAAGGAUCGAAUCAGCACGCCACGAAUAAAGACGAUUAUGAGGCUCUUUACCGAAUGCCUUUUCUGGACACAAAAGUGAUAGGAACAGGUGCAACUGGAGACGUUUUCAAGGCACUCAUAGCGCCAAAGUACUUCCUCUAUGAACAGGGGCACCAAAAUUUAAAGCCAAUGUGGGUUGCUAUCAAACGAAUACAACGAUCGGAUGAAGUUAAAGUCAAGAACUUUACCGCGGAACAGAAAGCUCUCAGGGUCUUCAAACAGUGUCUACAAAAGCAUGAGAAUAUCAUGCAUAGUUUCUUGAGUUUUACGCAUGGCGCCCAUUUCGUCAUUAUAUCACCACUUGCAGAUCUUGAUCUUGCGGCCUUUUUUUCUGGCGUUUACGACGGGUUCGAGGCUCGUCAGCGCAGUUUCACUCCUUUCGAUUUAUUUCAAGAAGCAGCUUGUCUCGCAGGGGCUCUCCAUUUCCUACACAAUGGCCUUGAGUUACGAGGAAGCAAGAUAGCAUGUGCGCAUCUAGACUUCAAACCUGAUAACCGGGAGGCGAGCAGAACCAGGAUUUAUUGCAAACGAAAGCUCUUGAGACAGCUCCCGGCUCCCGGCUCCCAACUUCCUUUUUGAUGUUUUACUAUGCUAAUUCGUUGCAGUAUACUGGUGAGAUGGACCUAUAACGCUCAAUCUACGUCGGUCGGUCAAUGGCUGAUUCACGAUUUUGGGACAUC